GGGCAGCGGCGCCUGCGCGGGUUUCGAGAGCUGACGCAAGCAGCCCGAGGCGCUGAGCGAGAAGAAAAGAGCGAGGACGGAGCAGCGCGAGCGAGGAAAUUCGGACAGGGGACGACAGGACGCGAACAUGUCUGGCGACGAGAUGAUCUUUGACCCCACCAUGACCAAGAAGAAGAAGAAGAAGAAGAAGCCCUUCAUGCUGGAGGAGGAAGGGGGCGACGCCCCCAGCGAGGACACCCAGCAGCCCGAGGCCAACGUGGCCGAGCCGGAGGGGGGCGAGGACAAGGACCUGGAGUUGGACGAGGACGAGGGCAGGAGGAAGGAGGUGUCAGAUGAUCUCGAUGACCUGAACUUCUUUAACCAGAAGAAAAAGAAAAAGAAGGUUAAAAAGACGUUUGAUAAUGACCUUGAGGAAGGGAUAAAGGAGUUGAAGAUUGAGGGGGAGACAGAGGCCAUAGAGGAUGAUGACCUGGAUCUGAUGCUGCCGACCAAGAAGAAGAAACCCGUCAAGAAGGUGGAGUUCCAGGACGAGAGCGAGCUGCAAGACCGCGACGACGGUAGGUCUGACUCACCCGAGGACGAGGACGGAAAGAAUAACGACGGGAUCACGUUCAGCGCGCAGACGGGGCCGUCCUGGGCUGGGACGGAGCGGGACUACACUUACGAUGAGCUGCUGAACCGCGUCUUCAACAUCAUGCGCGUGAAGAACCCCGACAUGGUGGCGGGAGAGAAGAGGAAGUUUGUCAUGAAGCCGCCGCAGGUGGUCCGUGUGGGGACAAAGAAGACGUCUUUCGUCAACUUCACGGAUAUCUGCAAGCUAUUGCAUCGUCAGCCCAAACAUCUCUUAGCCUUUUUAUUGGCUGAGUUGGGAACGAGUGGUUCCAUAGAUGGCAACAACCAGCUUGUGAUCAAGGGAAGGUUCCAGCAGAAACAGAUCGAAAAUGUGUUGCGAAGAUACAUCAAGGAGUACGUGACGUGUCACACCUGCCGCUCCCCGGACACCAUCCUGCAGAAGGACACGCGCCUCUACUUCCUGCAGUGCGAGACCUGCCACUCCCGCUGCUCUGUGGCCAGCAUCAAGACCGGCUUCCAGGCCGUCACGGGCAAGAGGGCGCAGCUGCGCGCCAAGGCCAACUGACCCGGCCGCCCCCGGGGCAGGGGCGCCUGAUGGGACUCCUUCUCCAAACUGUGUGGGUGGGCCGGCGCCGGUGGGAGCCAAGCCUGGCCAGGACGGGCCCGGUGGUGAUACCCCCCCCCACUCCAGCGGUCCUCCGCCCGCCCCGCAUGCUACACCACCGCCUGUGGUCACCUGGUACCCCCACUCCCUGCAGGCUUCAGCAGACCUGGGUUUUUCCUCCCCUGAUUGUUUUUUUUUUUUAUUCUUUAAAUAAUCACAUUAUUAAAUCUCGUUACUUCAGUACUUUAUUAAAUCAAUGUGAAUUUACAGUU